GUUUUUCUAAAGAAAAGAAGCUACAAAAGCUUUGUAAAUGUUAAAGUUCUUUUUGUUACGUCGUUAUUUAUUUGAUUUCUUUUCAUCUUACUUUAAUUAACUGUUGAAGUGGCUAUAGUUUUUCUUUGUGAUUGAUUGAAUUUAAUCUUCUAAUUUGUUCGUUAUGUCGUGUGAAAAUAUAAAAUCCCCUAAUGAACAAAAAGAACAACUAGGUACGUCUGCCAGAGAAACUGCCAGAGAAGAAUGUCCGACUCCAGCGGCAUUUGAAGAUGCCAAUAUGGUAGAGAACGUGACAAAUUUACUUGGUACUGUUGGCGGCGCCGAGUUCGAUCGCGGCGUCUUGAGGGAUAUGGCUGCAGAAAUAACCAAACUUAUUGACACCAGUCCGGGCACGCUACAGGAUGUUACAAUGGAUAAUUCAUAUGGCGUUGGUUAUCGUUCCCCAUGCGUUAGUUUGCAACAAUAUCAAGGUAACACCUCGCCAGCGGUUCAAGGGCGCUCGGUGCGUGAAUUCGAAGAACAAAUGGCCAAUUUACGGAAGGAGAAUUUUAAUUUGAAAUUGCGUUUGUACUUUAUUGAGGAAAGCACUCCCGGUUAUCAACAGGUCAAUACACCAGAGGGUCAAGAAACACUUAUGAAGCAAUUAAUCGAUGCCAAAGUAGAAAUAGAAAUUUUGCGUAAAGAGGUGCAAGAAAAACAGGAGAUUUUAAAAGAGGCUGCCCAAGCCAUGAAUCAAAUGGAGAAAAUACAAAAAGAUACGGAAAGCAAGUAUCAAGAAAUUAUCGAGGAGCUGCAGCAGAAAAUCCAGUACAUGGAAAUGGAGCGUGCGGUAGAAAAGUCACCAUCUAACAACGAAUUAAUGAAUGAUUUGAUGGGACGCUUGGACAUCUCGGAAAGCGUGAAUACAACACAAAAAAUACGAGAACUGGAGGGUUUACUAAAGCAAGCAGAAGUAAAAUUGGUAGAUGUGCAAGGCAGAAUGACCAAAUUGGAUGAGAUAUUGGCGCAACGUGAUGAAACCAUUAAAGAAUAUGAGGAUAAAGUUAAGGAGCUGGCAUUUCAGAAUGCGGAACUCUUGGAAAGCAUUGAAACGAAAGACAAAGAGUUGGCCAAUGCAGAGGCUCUCAGAGAUGAGUUAAAAGAACGUAAAGCAGAGUUGGCCGAUAAGGUUUGCAUCAUAGACGAGUUACAAGAUAAAUUAAAGAAUCUUGAAGUGAUGUACCAUAAAGCUCGACAAACCAUCGAGAAAUUAAUGUAUAGUCUAAAGCAAAAGGUAGACGAGAACGGUCGUCUGAUGAGUAAAAAUAAUUCGACACAAAAUGCCGCUAAAAACAGCAGUAAAGAUAUCGAAAAAGACAUGACUGCAGCUAGUGAAUGCUCUGGUUUUUGUGGUUCGGAGACUUAUAAGGAAUUAAUUGCCGAGCAGCGUGAUACAAUUUCACAUUUACGUGUGGAACUUGAAAAGUCCCAAGCAGAAAUGGAAAGAUCAGAAAAAAGACGUUUGGAAUGGGCUGACGUUUGCUCGGUGUUGACUAAACGUCUCGAAGAGUUAGCCGAUUUUUUGAACUCGCUAUUAAAUCACAAAGACGUCUUAGAUGGUUUAGCAGCUGAUCAUCGGCGUGCAAUGCGUAAAGCGAUUGAUCGCAGUUUAGAUCUAUCCAAAAGUCUGAACAUGUCGGGUAUAUCGGUGAAUGAUCAGAGCUUAACUCAAUUAAGUAAUUUAUCGGGUUGGUUGGAUGAAGUUGAAUGUCUGCAAAACUUGACCUUCAAUACAUAUGAAACAAUGGAAGCUCAACCAAUGAUUGAAACGUUAAAAGCGGAAAAUAAGGCUUUAAAAAAAGAAUUAGAUAAACGACGCUAUGCCGAAGCCAAAAAGGAAAAACGGUCUUUACCCUUGACAUGGCCGACGAAUAAAAGUGAAUCGGAAGCUUGGUCCGAACCAGAUCGUAAGGUAUCGAUGGCUCGGAUUGGCUUAGUGGGAGAACGAACGACAGUCAAGGAUGUGUCAAUUAACAAGCAACGUUUGGGCAGCGAUAGUGAAAAUGACAAUAGUCAUUCAGGGCGCUUGAAUUCCCGUAUUAUUAGAGCACGCAAUCAAGAACGCAUACAACAACUAGAACAAGCACUAGCGCAACGGGAUGAACGAAUCUUAGAAAUUCAGUGCCAGUUAUUUGAUGCCGAUUUGCUUGUCAAACAGGAAACAAGACGUGCUCAGGAAGUGACUGAAAAACUUACUUCCGAUAUAGAAGAAUUAAAACAACGUUAUGAAAAAGGCUACGAGAAAGCCAAUAACGAAUAUCAAAAGAAAUUACAAGAAGCGCAGAAGGAAUACAAUGAUCUAAUCGAAAGGAGAAUGAAUGAACAAAAGAAAAUGUAUGAGGAAACCUUGCAACGCGAUUGGAUUUCUUUGAAAUUAUAUGAUGAAGUCAAACGACAAUUAGACAAACUUAAAGUUGAACAUACGGAGGCGCAAAAUACCAUAGAUUUUCUAAAAGAGAACGAGGAAGAGCUGAAACAAUCCUUGGUGGAAAGCGAACUGAGUGCUCGUAACUUGCAAAAGAAAUUAAACGAACACACUUUGCAGGCUUCGAAAGCCAUCAUGGAGCGUACGAAGGCCUUGCAUGAUAAGUUAGAAUUGGAAAAACGCUUACAAGAAUUAACGCGACUGUUGGAUGAUCACAAAACAGAACACAAUAACUUGGUGACCCAAAUCGCGAACUUGGAAAAAGAACACAAUGCCGUUGUGAAUUCGAAAGUCAGAAAUCACAAUGACGACGGAAUUUCCUCACAGUCAGGUUAUACCUCAGAGGAAAUGGCUACGCAGGCUAAGACAAAUUGCACUGAAGGGAAGAUUGUGUCUGCAGCACAACAACGUCUAGGAGCAGAACGUCUGCAGAAUUCUUCUCCAGAUUUGGGCAUUGAAAGUGAUGCGGGACGAAUUUCAAGCGCUGAGGUGGCCAAUACCCAAUGCUCUAUGCCGAAGACUAUAGAAUCGGAGACAGACAAGGCUUCAGCAGUAAUGGGCGAUGAAGAAUUCCCCGAGGACAAUGAAGGUGCAAAUGAAGUUAAAAGUCCGCCGGCAACACAGACAUUGGAAUUAGUGAAUCUGUCGCAUGAUUGUACUAAGGUAGAACAAGAAAAUGGUGAAUUACGUCGUCAACUAAUACGCACUAAACGAGCCUUAGAAGACACUUACGAAAAAUUACGUUUAGCUAACCAACGUAAAGCACAUCUUGAAAAAUAUAUUAAAAAUCAAAUCGUAAAAACGCACAAUGUCCUUAAGAAUGUACGUUCCAAUAUGGAAAAGGAAUUGUAACGUUACGUUCUUAUCAAGUAAACGCACAUCAUUAUUUAAAAUAUUUAAAAAUAACUUCGCGUAUUCGCUAUAUCAUCAGUCAGUUAAUUCAUUCAUUGUUCAGCAUAUCAUUUCAUAUAUAUAUAUGUAUAUACAUUUAUGUUUUAAUUUAUAAAUUCCCUUUAAAAGUCUUAAUAAUUUUUGGCUGUUUGUUAACUCUCAUGUUUACGAGUGUUUCUCUGUUUGCACUAAGAUUCGCAAAACAAAUCACACAAUAUGUGCCGAAAACCUCAUAGUUAUAUAUAUUUAAUUAACACUUUACACUCCCUCGUUAAUAAAAAAAAAAAUUUAAAAAAAAAAAAAUGUUAUUUGUUAACUUUGUCUCCAGCUGCCAUAUACAUUUUUUAAACAUUUUAUAUUUGUCACUAAAUAAUUUCAUUUUCAAAAUUUGAUAUAUGUAUUUUAACGUAAUUAAGCGAUACCUCUACAAAUAAUAACAAAAAGAAUAACGCAAGCACCUAUAUGUUAAAAAUAACUAAUGAAACGAUUAUUAUUAUUAUU